AUGUCGACCGCGUUACAAAUCAUAAACAUGAGCCAGGAUAUGUUUUUAUUAGAUUGUCCCACUUACGAGGACUAUUUAGAUACAUUUAUUACACGAAAUGAUUACCGCUUUAUACGAAAUAUACGCUUCUGUCGUAUGCUAGUCGAAUUGGGUUAUCGUUCUUCAACUGAAAUUUAUACACCUGAACAAUUUGUUUUGCAUAAAGCUGCCGCUCAAGAAUCCCUAUGGCCCACGAAAAAAUCGACAAUAUUCUUCAGUGAUCAUUUGAAGAGUUUAGAUCCAGUCUUAAGAGAAUUGGCCAUACGUGAAAGACCAAAUAUUCAGAAAAUGUUAUCGACCAUUAUCUUCCUGAAACAUCGUUUGAAAUCCGGUUUCGAAAUAUCCGGUUACAUUGAUUAUGAGCACAGUUUGAGACGUGCCAAUUUACACGCCGAGGAUUACAUUGAUUGGGGUGGUGUUUUUGAGGAGCGUGUUGUACUAAAACCGAAACGAUCGCAUUUAAGUUAUUUCGAUUGGCAUAAGGGUCACGUUUAUUAUAAUAAUUCCGAUAAUUAUGCUGUUGUACAUGACGUGGAAUACGGUUUAAUUUUUAUGCAUAAAGGUGAUCAUAAGAAAAUCUGUGUAGAUAUUUCACGGGAGUUAUAUAGUAAAAAUUGUACAACAACAAUGUAUUUCUCCGAAAAAUACGGCCAUGUCAUAUUUUAUGAUCACAUCAUUAGAAAGAAGAUUUGAGGUGAGCGGUCGCUGCGGCUAUUUUC